GCGGCGACCUCAAACGCGAAGGCGGACCCGGAGGCUACGACGACCGGGACACGAAACGUCCACGGUACUAGGCCGAGACGUCAUGGCAAGCACGAUCGAUGCUGGUCAGGAGUUAGGAGCGCUGCAGCGCCCGCACUGGUGGACUUGAUAGGUGACAAUGAUCGAAUAUUCUGCGGCCCCUCAUGCAUGGCUCGCGCAGGUGACGCCAUUUGGUUUCUCUUUCCCCCCUCUUCCUCUCGCGCUGUUCUCGCUUUGUUGUCCGUCGGCCGUAUGCCGGUUGCGUAAGUAUGCAUGUUCUGUAUCGUCUGCACAGGUAAUGAAGAGGCAAGUAUGUAUGCUGCCUUUGCUGUACUUUGCAGGGAUGUCUGCCGACAUCAUCAGCGCGUCAGCCAAUCGCGUCAGUUGUCAGACAUUCGCCAAGAGAGACGGAGGUGUCAUGGGUGCACCCUUAUCUGUGUGCAGGUCGAGGUACGUUCAUCACCAAGUAACCUAUACUGGGAGCCUGAGCACUUCGCGCGGCCGCCGCAAGUGUGCAGGCGCCGCGGUGAUGCUGCCCCGACGUGUCGCCCGAGGGCACACACCCAGCACACACCAGAAGCCCAGGGAAUGCGCACUGACCUUAGCAACGCUGAAUGGAAGGCCCGAUGCAUCGAGGGCCUGCAGGUGGGUCUGGUGGACUGUUCGCCCGCCUCUCCGUGCAUUCGACAAUGUUGGUGCCCUCAAGCUUCAUCGCCGGAGGGUGAUUAGGCCGUGCUUAGGCGGGAGGGCUUAUGCGCAGAUUGUAUGCUUGUCGUCCUACGGGGAUGGCGGGAUGACACCGUCAUGAGGGACUGAUGACUUCCGCGGUCAGAAAAAGCUGGACAGCCUCCCUCUCGUCAAUCAUACUCAAUGAUCUCAAGGGACACUUGAGUAUUUUCUCUGAAGUCACCAGCGACUGUGAAACUCGUCUACUCACUGAGAGCGACGCUGACUGCUGUGGACGUUGCUCCAGGGUAAGUCGGACUACCGGUCGGGGAAGGGGAGGACCCGGAUUGAUAUUGAAUGGCGAAACUUGUGGGCGCAUGAUCGCAUCUUCGGGACCGAAGGCUGUUGGAUCUGCGAUGGGCGGGGCCGCAUCGACGUCGGCAGGGAUGUUGAGCGGCCUUAACAGUUAAACAGUUAAACAGUUAGACAUAUGUAAA